AGAGUCUACGCGCCAUAUAGUAGUAUUAUAUAUAUGGCGUAAUCAGACUGAUUUAACCUCUAUAUGUUAAUUUGAACGUGAUAUACUCUCUGAUUACACUCACUUAACGCAAAAUUACGAAUUUUACGAGUUUAUUUAAUUGAUCGAAUUAAUUAAGGUGAAGUAUGGUAUUCUUAUCGUUAUCUUUAUUAGGAAGAAAUCGAGGGCCCGAUGAAUUCUGGCGCAAACGCAAAAUAUUCAUGCUCGCCGCACAUCACAUGGGCAGAAGAAGAAAUUGCUACAGCAUUGCUAUCAGGAGUGUACAUAGGGCUCUACAAUAUUGCACAUUAGGCAGAAAAAUAAAGAAGCAGGAUAUGAAAGAGUUGCGGGAACAGAGAAUAGGAGCUGCUACAGCUGAACAUGGCAUAAAUAUGAAUAUUCUUAAAGAAGGUUUAACUAGAUGUAAUAUUUUGCUGAAUCGAAAGGUAUUAGCUGACUUAGCAAUCUGGGAACCACGUUCUUUCAAAUCUUUAACUGAUAUUGCUUGUGCUAGAGCAAAACAAGAUCAUUUUACAGCAACCUCAAAUAUUGAAACACCAAAGAAUGUCUUUGUAAGAGGAUUGAUUAAAUAAACUUGCACAGGAAUUGCAUGUAGUAACAGA